AGUAAGGCCUCACCUCUUUUUCCUGUCCCGCCCCUUCCGCCUCCCCGGUUCCGGGCCCUCGACCGCCCCUUCCAGCCCAGCUCUCUCCAGGCCCCGCCUCUGGCCCGCCCCGCGGCGACUCGUGGGAACACCCCGCGGGCGCAGCGGUGGAGGACGCGGUGCUCGGUCAUGGGGUUCCAGCUGAGCCCAGGCCUGCUGGCCUCCCUCGGGGCGGGGCUGCUGACUCUGCUCGGCCUGGCCCUGGGCUCCUACUUGCUUCGGAGGUCCCGCCGCCCCCUGGUCACUCUCCUGGACCCCAAUGAGAAGUACCUGCUGCGGCUGCUAGAUAAGACGACUGUGAGCCACAACACCAGGAGGUUCCGAUUUGCCCUGCCCACCGCCCAGCACACGCUGGGGCUGCCUGUGGGUAACUGGAAGGCAGCACAUCCACAAGCCACCCUCAUCUCGUUCUCUGCAUGGUCCCCAGGCAAACAUGUCUACCUAUCAGCCCGAAUCGAUGGCAGCCUGGUCAUCAGACCAUACACUCCUGUCUCCAGUGACGAAGACCAAGGCUAUGUGGAUCUUGUCAUCAAGGUCUACCUGAAAGGCGUUCACCCCAAAUUUCCUGAGGGAGGGAAGAUGUCCCAGUACCUGGAUAGCCUGGAGAUUGGGGAUGUGGUGGAAUUUCGAGGGCCAAGUGGGUUGCUCACUUACACGGGGAAAGGGAAUUUUAGCGUUCAGCCCAACAAAAAGUCUCCACCAGAGACCCGCGUGGCGAAGAGGCUGGGCAUGAUCGCCGGCGGGACAGGAAUCACCCCGAUGCUUCAGCUGAUCCGGGCCAUCCUGAAAGACCCCACAGAUCCAACCCACUGCUCUUUGCUUUUUGCCAACCAGACUGAAAAGGACAUCAUCUUGCGGGAGGACUUGGAGGAGCUGCAGGCGCAAUAUCCUGAUCGCUUUAAACUCUGGUUCACUCUGGAUCAUGCCCCAGCAGGUUGGGCCUACAGCCGGGGCUUUGUGACUGCGGACAUGAUCCGGGAGCACCUGCCACCCCCGGGGGGCGAUGUGCUGCUGCUCCUCUGCGGGCCUCCCCCGAUGGUGCAGCUGGCCUGCCACCCCACCCUGGACAAACUGGGCUACUCUCAAAAGAUGCGCUUCACCUACUGACCGCUCCCGGCCAUGUUCCCGGUCAGUGCUCGGCUGCUGUAAGUCCUAGAUCUCUUUCCUUGGAGGAUAAGCCUUCUGUCUUUCUCUGAAGCUGAAAUCUGAUGGUACACCUACAGGAACCGCAUCCUUGUAGCCCUGGAAGAGAGCUAAGGCUGAGUUGUUCCCUGGAAGGCCCCUCCAAACCUCCCUGUGA